AUGUCUGGGAUACCAGAUGGACGUUACAACCCGAAGAACACACUGGGGUCCCGAGAUGCCCCAAAGUUCGGCGAGACGACCCCUCUUAAAGGCCCGGCAGCUCCUUCAUCGGUAUGGGAUCUUUCGAAACCACUCCUCCCAGGUGACCCUAAGUGGCGUCAAAAAGCGGGGAGUGCCCAGGCACCUAUAAAUGUGGACUCGCCACCGGCCGUUAUAUCUCUAGAUUCUUCUCCAGAUGUACAAGGCCCAUACAUGCACCCACCAUCCCAAAACCCAGCUCGCCAACUAUUCCCGAGUGGUAGUUCGAAAUUCAGUGGUGGCCCAAGUCACAAGCAACAUCAACCAACCUCAUUUGAUCCGUAUGCUCGGGCCGCGCAGUCAUCGUCGAGCUCCCAAGGGGGCCGGCCAAUGGACGAUUUGUCUCGAUGGGCUGCCCCUAUGAGGCCUGCUACUGGAAUGAUCGGAAGCUCCUGGGCGAAGGCUGGAAAGGGAACUACGUUCACUUCGGAUGGUUAUGCCUAUGAUUCUACAGACUACAUGGACUCAAAGGCUGCUAUGGACAGUCUCAAAGACCUGCUUGAAAACAUUAAUGACGAACCGCCAAGCAGAAGGACUCGGGCUAGGAAGAAGGCUGCAGAAGCCGCCGCAGCAGCAGCGGAGGAGGAAGAGGAGGAAGAAGAAGAAGACGGUCAUGUCGAAGGGCUUACUGUUACUCUCCUUCCACAUCAAAUUCGCGGUUUGGCUUGGCUUUUAAAACAAGAGGAUAGUAAGAUCAAGGGGGGUAUUUUGGCUGAUGAUAUGGGUUUGGGUAAAACCAUUCAAUCGAUAUCUCUGCUCCUUUCUAACCCUAUGCCUUCGAGCAAAACCCAUUCCAUGGAAGAGCGAGAAAAAUACAUCAAGGAGCACAAAAUCCCUUCUGAUACUCAUAAAGGAACCUUGAUAGUUGCCCCGUUGGCUCUGAUCAAACAAUGGGAAAAAGAAAUCAAGGACAAAACUGAUGGCCGCUUCAGGGUUCUAGUCCACCACGGUCCUGCGCGAACAAGAUCUGGAAAGGACCUCAAGGCGUAUGAUGUUGUUGUCACGACGCCCCAGGUUCUUGUCAGCGAGCAUAAAGACAGUGUUCCAGAUGCUCUCAUCGGUUGUUUGGAUGUGAGGUGGUGGAGAGUCAUUAUUGAUGAAGCGCAUACAAUCAAAAACCACCUGGCGAAGAGUACUAUCGCUUGUUAUGCCCUAAGGUCUCACUACCGCUGGUGCCUCACAGGAACCCCUCUCCAGAAUAACGUUGAUGAGCUUCAAAGUUUGAUCCGUUUCCUUCGAGUGGACCCAUACGCUGAUAAGGGCAAAUGGAAACAAGAUAUUACCCGCCUACUAACCAGCAAUAAAGCAGGGUUGGCUCUUAAACGUAUUCGAGCUCUCCUCGGUUCUAUUAUGUUACGACGUACAAAAGCUGUUCUUCAGGCUGCUUCUGAUGAAAAGAAUGACCCGAAGAAGACAAAAGAACCUGCCAAACCCGGCGCGAAGAAUGAGAAGACUCUGAAGCUGAAUAUGGUCAAACGUAGCGUCAAGACGGUAUCUUGUUCUUUCGAUGACGACGAAGAUAAGUUUUACCAGCGUCUUGAAUCGCGUAUGGAUGAUCGUUUGAAUGAUCUGCUAUUUGGGAACAAAAAACACGGCAUGGCUGGCGUUUUGGUCAUCAUGACACGGCUACGUCAAGCUUGCAAUCAUCCACAUUUACUAGCGGGGAAACUGACCGAGGAUAAAGAGCGAGUCUUUACUAGCACCAAAACUCCGAGAAAGACAUCCCAGGGAUCCAGAGUCUCCAGAUUGGUAGAUGAAGAUUCAGUGGGGGAGAUCGACAGCCUCGCGGAUAUAAUGGGUGGCAUGAACCUUGAUAAUAGACAAUGCGAACUCUGUCAAAUUGACCUUUCAAAGGCUGAGGUUAAACAGGGCUUAAACCACUGCGAAUCCUGUAGAAAUGAGUUGGGGAACCUUAACAAGAAGUUCAAAGAAAGACGGACGUCCCUUCACAAGCAGAGCCGAGAACGGGCGAAAGAGGCUAGUGAAGGGGACGGUCUGGAUGAUCUGAUCAGCGGCCUUGGAAAAGUUACAGUAGGGGACGAAACAGACAAGAAACAAGGGAACGCGAAAACCAAGGCACGUAACAAUCGUCGCAUAAUUCUCGAUUCGGAUGAAGAAGAUGAAGAUGAGGAAGAAGACGAGCCAGCUCCCAAGAAGAAAGUUCAAGUGGAAAGUGAUGAAGAUUCCGAUGGAGCCGAGCAAUACGAAGACGACGACGAGGAUGAUGACGAUGACGAAGAGGAGGAAGAAGAGGAGGAAGAUAGUCGGGAAGUUGAUCAGAAUGGCUACUUGGAUGACGAGGCUAUCGAAUCUUCUGGCGAGGAAUCUGGCGAAUUCGAGUCUGUGAUCGAAGAAACCAGUGGUAUAACGCUUGAUAGUUCUGAUAGUGAAUACGAAUCCGACAUCGAAGAGCCUGAUCCUUCGAACUCGUUCGCGUCGGCAAAGAUCCGUAACUUGAUGAAGAUUCUCAAGCAGGAGGUCGCCGACAACAACAAGACGAUUGUCUUUUCAGCAUUCACUUCCAUGCUCGAUAUGAUCGAGCCUUUCCUCAAACAUCGGAGUAUCAGAUACGUCCGCUACGACGGGAAAAUGAAAAAUGACGAGCGAGAGCGAAGUUUGGAGACUCUACGAAAUUCAGAAAGUUGCCAGGUUCUGCUUUGCAGCUUGAAGUGUGGAGCACUUGGCCUGAAUCUGACGGCUGCAAAUCGGGUUGUCAUCUUGGAACCAUUUUGGAAUCCGUUUGUUGAAGAGCAAGCUAUCGACAGAGUUCACCGAAUCGGUCAAACCUCUGAUGUUGUGGUGUACAGAAUGUCGGUCGAAAAUACUAUAGAAUCGAGAAUUCAAGAGCUACAAGACCGAAAACGCAAGGUUGCAGAGGCAGCAUUUGGUUCUGGCGAUCUGCUCAAGAAGGGAGAAACAGGCAAGCUAACUAAGAACGAUCUUUUGUUCUUGUUCAAGAAGGAUGCUGAACAAUUGCACAACGAUGACGACGAGCUCGCAUUCACUUUGGGUAAUAAGCUGAAUCUCAUGGAUAACUCGAUGUCAACAAGAGAUCAGGAUAGAUAUUCAACGGAAGAGGCAUACCGUCCGCAAGGGAAAACGCCACGUGCAGGGGGCUCCAAGCCCCAGCGCAAGCCGGAAUCCGCAUUGUAUGGACGAAGGUAA